AUUAAAUCAAGAUUUGUAGCCAAAAAGAAAAAGAAAAAGAGUGAUACGGGGAAAAAAGAAACAAGGAUGAAAGUGGCACAAGUAUUACACAUGAAUGGAGGAAUCGGAGAAACAAGUUAUGCAAAUAACUCCAUACUCCAGAAAAAGGUUCUUUCUUUGACAAAAGAAAUGAGAGAUGAAGCCAUAAAGAACCUUUGCUGCAUAACAUUCCCAAAAAGACUAGGAAUUGCGGAUUUAGGUUGUUCUUCUGGACCGAACACUUUGUUUGUGAUAUCUGAAGUUAUCAAAUUGGUUGAGAAACUUUGCAAAGAACAGAACCAUGAAUCUCCAGAAUAUCAAGUCUUUUUGAAUGAUCUUCCAGGGAAUGAUUUCAACAAUAUUUUUAAGUCACUUGAUAAAUUCAAAGAGAAACUAAAUGAUGAAUUUGAAGGUGGCAAUGGUCCUGCAUGUUUUUUCAAUGGUGUUCCUAGUUCUUUUUAUGGAAGGAUUUUUCCAACUAAAUCUCUUCAUUUUAUUCAUUCAUCUUAUAGCCUUCAAUGGCUAUCUCAGGUUCCUAAAGGUGUGGAGAACAAUAAGGGUAAUAUUUACAUGGCUAAUACAAGCCCUGAAAAUGUGCUCAAGGCUUACUAUGAGCAAUUCCAAAGAGAUUUCUCAUUGUUUCUCAAGUGUCGUGCGGAAGAACUUGUUGAAAGGGGUCGUAUGGUUUUGACAAUUUUGGGAAGAAAAAGUGACCAUAAAUAUAGCAAAGAGUGUUGCUAUAUAUGGGAGCUUCUUGCUGUUGCUCUUAAUGAGAUGGUCUUGGAGGGAAUCAUAAUGGAGGAGCAAAUGGACACUUUCAACAUUCCUCAAUACACACCAUCUCCAUCAGAAGUAAGACUAGAGGUUUUGAGAGAAGGGUCAUUCACUAUUGAUUGCUUGGAGGUAACAACAGUACAUUGGAAUGCUUAUGAUGAUUUUAAUGAUAUUGAUUUUGAAAGUGAUGAUUUGUCUAAACCAUUCAUUGAUGGGGCAUACAAUGUCACAAAUUGCAUGAGGGCCGUGGCUGAACCUUUGUUGGCAAGUCACUUUGGAGAAGCUAUUAUUGAAGAAGUUUUCGGAAGAUACUUAGAAAUUUUAGCUGAUAGAAUGUCUAAGGAGAAAACUGAAUUCAUUAAUGUAAGUAUAUCAAUGACCAAAAAGGUAUGAGCUAGCUAUAGUAAGGUAGGGCGGUUCGUUUGAAUUGCUCAACUGCCCCUUAGCUCGGUUCUCGUGACACGCUAUGGGACAUCCACCGUGCCGUAGAAGUUGUUUGCAUAUGUUUGAUUUCUUUUGUUGUGUGUUUCAAUGUUUGCAUUAUUUCCUAUAAUUCCAAACAGUAUAUUAGAUAUUAAACUCCUAUAAUUCCAAACAAUAUAUAAUUUGUAUGUACUUAGUAUGUAUUUAGUUGUAAUAUAUGGAAAUAAAAUAUGUGUUCUGAUAUAUAAUAUUUGUGGGGCUUAAAUGCACUUUUGGUCCCCCUAUUUUCAAAGAAAUGAAGUUUUGGUCCCCCAA